GCUCAGGACCUGAUUAAUUGUAACCAGCCCAACCUGCAACGACGUUUAGCUGAGUAUGAAGAUCUCAGGAAGAAUUUUGUGUCGUUUAACCAAGCGGCUGACUACCUAACUUCUAAGACUCUCGUGCUUGGAGAAUCCUGGGAGAUCGAUGAUCCUGAUGAGAUAGUGCAUCUACGUCUCGUAUCCAGGAUCCCUGAAAAGAUCAUGAAGCCUUCAAAGCUUCCAAGUACCGCUGCGACUGACGCAGUUCGUUCGGACCAAGUCAGACUCGGAGCGGAUAGUCCUGAUGUCGGAAUACCAGAGUCCUUAGCUACUGCUGCUGAAGCAUUGAUGGUGAUGACGAGGUCACGAAUAGAAACGGGCGUAGGUUCUCGGACCCCUGUAGACCAGUCUGGAUACCAAGAUGAACGUUGGAAGAGAAUUAAAGUUCGCCUAGACGAAGACUUGUGGAUUCAGCAAAUGAAGAAGGUCCUAAAAGGAGACGUGUCAGAUCUUCCACGGAACCAGGUCAAGAAGAUUGCGAAGGUCUCCGAUCAGUUUGUGUUGGAUUCGCGAGAAGUCCUCUACAUACUGAGUACACCCAGAGACCUCGCAAUAAAUAGUCGGAACUCAGUCCCAGAGGCUUUACGUACCGACAUGUUACACUACUCGCACGAAGACGUUCAAGGCGGUCACCAAGGAAUCAACAGGACGUUUGAGCGAUUACAAAUUCGUGAGAGAGUGUCGUCAGCCAAGGGGCGACCACCGGUUCUCGGUCCGUCACCUGGCAAUAUCGAACCGAGAUAUCCGUUCGAGGUGGUCUCUAUGGAUUUUGUCACUGAGCUACCUGAGUCCGAUCGUGGAAAUACCUACUUGUUGCUGUUCCAAGAUCAAUUCUCAGGAUACGUCAUGUGUAAACCCAUGCGGAAUACCGAAGCCCAAGAUGUUGCUGAGGCAUACGAAGAAGACCUUCUGAAAAGCAAGCAGCGUGCGACGCUAGGAUAUCGGCCUCAGGCCAAUGGUCAGCAAGAACGCUCAGUCCAAACGCGUAUGUCGCUGAAGUUGACCAGAGUGACUGCGAUGAACAUGCAGAAAGUUUCAUGUUCGCUUUGA